GCCAGGAUACAGUAAACAUAAGAAUACUUGACUUCAAGUGAGUGGAGAGGUAAGGUUGACUAUGUUGGAGCUCUGUUGUAAGGGCAAAAUCCUUAGUUAUUUCUUGUUUAAUCUUGUCCCAAUCAUUGAAAUAGGGAUGGUAAACUCACCAACAGUAAACUGUGAAUGUGAUAAUUUCAUAUUUCAGUUGUAUCAGUUAAUAGUUAAUAUAAAGCUGUGUAGUUAACUGUCUGAGGUAUUCAAGCUUAAUUGUCUAACUUGGUUUUUAUGAAAUAGCUUUCCUUUUCUUGAAGAAUACUAUUUAUACCACAGUUCACAAUCUCAGGUAUCCUCAAUUGACAAAAAACCCCAGACUGGCUGUAUUUUUAAAUACUGACCAGUUUUGUCAUGAGGGAAAUACAGUACAACAACUACAUAACAGAUGGUGAAUAAUAAGUGAUAAGUUAUAGGCCAUUGAUUUAAAAAGAUGAUAUGUUAUAAAUAAUUUGAUAAAUUAUAGAUUAUAGAAUAUGAAGGAUUAGAUGACAGAUAAUAAAUUGAAGAAUUAGAGCUAUCAGAGAAGAGGAAAAAUGAACAUUAGCUAAUAUAUUAUAGAGGAGAGAUAUGGGAUGAAGGAAAAGAGUUUUGAUGAUAGACACAGAAUUGGUAAAGGGUAGAAGAGAGAGAAAGGAUGAUGUAUGUAGAAGAUCUAGAGGAUAGAUGCUAAAUAGAUGGAGAUAGAGACACCGUAGGCAAAAUAGAGAUGGGACACAGACACAGGUUAAAGAUAGAGAAUAGAGAGAUAGAAGAUAGACAUAGGAUAACUAGAAGAUAGAUGAUAGAUAGAUAGAAGACAGACAAAAUAGCUACACUCUAGCUUCUAGAGGAUACAUGAUAGAUAAAUAGCAGAUAGACAAAGGAUAGGUAAAGGUAAGAGGAUAAUUAUAUGAAAGAGAGACACAGGGGAACUAGACAUAAGGAUAGAUGAAAGAUAAUAAAAGGUGUCCAGAGGAUAAAUGAUACAUGGAGUGUAAACAGACACAGGACAGCUAGAGGAUAGAUGAUAAAUAGAACAAAGACACAGGAUAGCUAGAGGAUAAAUGAACUAAAAAUGGAAAAAAGGCACAGGAUAGCUAGAGGAUUGAUGAUAGAUGGAAGUCAUAUACAGGAGACUAUUGGAUUGCAGAUAGAUAGAUAGAUAGAUAGAUAGAUAGAUAGAUAGAUAGAUAGAUAGACAUAGAGCUAGAUAUAUGAGAGAUAGAGCAAUGAGAGAUAGAUAGAUAUUAAAUAGUUAGAUAAACAUAGAUACAGGGUAGCUAGUAGAUAUAUGUUCCAUGGAUCUUAUAGAGAUACAAGAUACCUGGAGAAUAGAUAUGAGAUGUAUGGCUAGAAGCCAAACAAAGUACAACCAGAGGAUAGAUGAUACUUAGAUUAUAGGGAUACAGUGUAGCUAGAGGAUAUGUCCUAUAUAAAUAGUAUAGAGAUACAGGAUAGAAAGAGGAUAGAUGAUGGAUAGAUAGAUAGAAUAUUGAAACAGGACAGCUAGACAAUAGAUAGAUAGAUAGAUAGAUAGAUAGAUAGAUAGAUAGAUAUAUCACAGAGAUUCAGGGAUGCUAGAUGAUAAAUGAUGCAUUGAUGGUAAAGUGACACAGGCUAGCUAGCUAGAUGACAGUUAGAUAGUAGAUAAGGAUGGAAUACCUAGAGGAGAGAUGAUAAAGAGAUGUGAGUCCAAUACAGGAAAGUGAGAAGAUUGAUGAUAGAUAGGUAGGUACAUAAGUUGGUAGGUAGAUAGAAAGAUAUAGAUAUAUUAUAGAUAGAUUGAAAGAUAGGCAGGAUUCAGGGUAACUAGAAGAUAAAUGAUUCAUGAAUGGAAUGUGUACACAGGAUAGCUAGAUGACAGAUAGAUAGAUAGAUAGAUAGAUAGAUAGAUAGAUAGAUAGAUAGAUAGAUAUUACAGAGAUUCAGGACACUUAGACAAUAAAAGAUGCAUCAGUGGUAAAAAGAUGCAGACUAGCUAGAGGAUAGAUAACAGAUGGUAGAGGAACAGGAUAGCUAGAGGAUAGGUGAUAGAGAGAUGUAAGACAGAUGCAGAAGAGUGAUUGAAAGAAGAUUGAUGACAGGUAGGUAAAUAAGUUGUUAGGUAGACAAAAAGAUAGAUAAUAGACAGAUAGAUAUAGAUAAGUAGAAUGCACGGGAACUAGAAGAUAAAUGAUUCAUGAUGGCAUAAUUACACAGGUUAUCUACGAGACAGAUGAUGGAUAGAUGGACAGAUAGAUAGAUAGAUAAAUAGAUAUGCAGUCUAGCUAGCAGAUACAUGAACCAUGGAUGGCAUAGUGUCACAGUGUAGCUGGAGGAUAGAAAUUGGAUAUAAGGAUGGAAUCCAGUCAUAGAAUAGGCAGAGUAUAGUUGAUGGUAUACAGAGAGUCAGAGUAACUAGAGGAUAGGUGAUAUAUUAAUGGUAUAGACAUACAGGGUAGGGAGAAGAUAGAUGAUGUAUAGAUAGAUGGAAUACAGGCACAGGAUAGGUAGAUGAUAGAUGAUACAUAGCUGGAAGAUACACACAGGAAAUUUUGAAGAUUGAUGAUAGAUAGGUAGAUAGAUAGGAGAUAAGCAGUACAGCAAGAAGAUAGAUGACACAUGGAUAAAAUAUAGACCUAAGGUUGCUAGAGGAUAGUUGAUAGAUUUAUGGAUAGAAGAUAGCUAGAAGAUAAAGAGUAGAGAGAUCACAGAGAUUCAGGUUAACUAGAUGAUAAGCAAUACAUUGAUAAAUUAGAGAUACAGGAUAGAUAGAGGAUAGAAUAUAGAUAGAUGGAAGACAGGCAAAAUAUAUCCAGAGAGGAGAUGAUAGAAGACAUACAUAGGAAAGCUAGAUAAUUAAUGAUAGAUAAAUAGAUAGAUAGAUAGAUAGAUAGAUAGAUAGAUAGAUAGAUAGAUAGAUAGAUAUUUACGUAGGUAGAUAGAUAGAUAGAUAGAUAGAUAGAUAGAUAACAGAUAUUUCUGUUAGUCAAAAAUAUCUAUGUAUUGUGUAGAGAUUCAGAAUAGGUACAGGAUAGCUGACAGGUAGUAUAAUAAAGACAAGAUAGCUAUAGAAUAGAUGGUAGGUUCAGCACAAUGAGAAGACAAAGGAUAGAUACUAGACAGAUAGGAGAUCUACCGCGUGGAUAGACACAGGAUAGCUAGAAUGUAGAUAAUUUGAAAGAUAGACACAGCAUAGUUAGGAUUGCUAGGGAAUAGAUGAUAGUUGGGUAGAAGGCAUAUAGCAGAUUGUUCAGAGGAUAGGCCAUAGACAUAUUGAUGAUAGACACAGGUGUGUAGAAAGAUAGAUGACUGAUUGGUGGAAGAUAAUAGAGAUAAUGUAGAGACAGGAGAACUAUUAGAUAAUUGACAGAUGAAAGUUAAACACAUGAUAGGUAGAGGGAAUAUGAUACAGAGAGACACAGGCUAUCUAGAAUAUAGAUGAUUCAUAGAUGGAAUAAGGGCACAUGAUAGCUAGGGGAUAAAUAAUCCAUAAAUGAAAGAUAGACUCAGAACAGCUGCAGUGUAGGAGAUCCUUUGAUGGGAGAUAGACUCAAGAUAACUACCGGACACAUGUAAACAUAGACAUAGGAUGCUUAUCAGGCAUAUAGUUUGAUAGACAUAAGAAGGCUACAGCAGGUAGAUGCUAUAAAUUGUAGAAAACUUUUUACUUAGUAAAAUAAUGGUCUUAUUUGGUUUUAGAAUCCAGCUUUACCUGACUGAAAAAUGGAGAGGAAUACACAAAAAAACGAGGAGUGGUGCCUCUAAUCCAUGCCAGAGGAUAACCCAUGAAGAUAUUCACAAUUUGCUGAAGAGAAUUCAGAAACUGAUGAAGAGAAUUCAGAAAUUUAUGAACAGACUUGGAUAUGGAUCAUCUAGAACGAGACCCUGAGAAGGGCCUGCUAUUGUCUCUCUGUCUUCUCAAAGAGGAAUGUUCAAUGUUCAAACAAGUUAUGAACAAAACACAGUUCCUGUUUUUAAUACCUAUGAAGAAUACCAUAAGACGGUUCUUCAGGAAGAUAUUAUUGGGACGAGUCUAUUAAAUCUUGUUCAUGAUGAACAAAAGGAUGACAUAUCUGAGAAGAUCAUUCUUAAUCUUCCCUUGACAAAUAUAGUGGGAAGCCUAAUCGAAUUUUGCUGUUAUAUAAGAAAAGGAAACGUAGGUCAGAGUGGCCAGGACACAUAUUGUUACAGGACCAUGUACCAAGGGAAAUAUAUAUAUGAGUAUGUGAAAUUCAUCUUGUACCUACAGGAUUCUUAUGAUGAGUCAUUUGUAUUUUUCGGAAACUAUGGUCCUAAUAGUAGAAAGAUUUGGUCUUCUUCUCCAAGGCUGUUAUGGGAGGAAAAGUACUAUGUUGUGGGAAACAUUACUGUUCUACAUACGCCGGAUGAGUCAGCACAACCAGUUAACAUUCAAACAAAUGGUGUAGUUGAUGAUUCCGUUGAUGACAGUACUGUACAACACCAUAGGUUUCAAAAACGCCACCACCGUAGGAACGAAAUGCAAGCAGAUGCUCAGGCUGAAGUUGUGAAUGUGGAGGAGUGUCCUGAAGCAGUCACAGAAGUUGAGAUUGUAGAAGUUCAAGCAGCCACUCAGCGAUUGCCAUUUGAAUUAGUUCAGCAUGCUUCUUUUGACCACCGAAGAGAGAACAUUCCAUGCUUUCUGCCCCCUGGACAAGAUCACUCUGGUUCCUCUUGGGCUGAAGAGGACACUAAUCCUCAUCCAUGAGGGGAAGAUAAGGCUGAAGACAGACCUCCACUGUCUGCAUGGGAAAGAGCCAUACAAAAUGGGAGAGUCCCUUGAUGGGAGAGGUUGGGUGGGUUAUACUGCUUUGCUUGCAAAUUAAGUUUGCAGUUAUUCUUAAGCAUAGUCACUUUAUUGGAAAUAUUGCUGAAGAAGUUUACUGUUACAUCCAACUUGGUGUGUGAUAACAAGUGAUCCCUGGCCCCUGCUUUUUCAACACCACUUUGUGUAUAUGUAUAUCCAGAUGUGCUUUUGUUGUGGCAUGAGCAGUGUGUCAGGGCCCUACAUAUUUUUCUUGAUGAAAUUUAAAAUACCAUAGAAUUGCAACACAGGGGGGAAACCUGUUCUAUCAUGCAGUUUUCCCAAAUUCUGAGGCCUUGUUUAUUUUUUUUAUUUCUAUCUCUUUUCUGUAGCCCCAUGCUAUUUGAUAUCCUAUGUUAAAUGGGUAUCCAAUUGUGAGCAACUAAUAUCUGUUCAAAAUAGUAUACAUAUUUACUUAAUAAACACUAUGCUCUACUAC